AACGUUUGUUUUACAGUAAAGAGGAGUUUCUACCACGUGGCACCGGCUAACAGAGAAAAGGAGAAAGCAGCAUCGGUGUCUCCUCCUCCUGAUGGAUGAGACGGUGAAACCUCUGAGGGUUCCUCCUCUGAUGUCCGUCUACGCAGACAAACACAACAUCUCACACCUGGUGCAGAGCAUGGUGUCCAGUCUGGUGAUUGAUCAGCCGGAGGAUCCGAUCAGUUACCUGAUCAGUUUGCUGCAGAGGAGCAGCGUGGACAUCCCCAGGGUCCUGGUCCUCGGUCCUCCUGCGGUUGGUAAACACACAGUGGCCAAAAAGCUGAGUGCUGAGCUGAGAGCCGUCCAUCUGACCACAGACAGUCUACUGCAGGACCAAUCAGAGCUGAGCACACAGGUACACACACACACAGAGCACUUACAGACUCUUCCUGCUGAUCUGCUGGUCAGACGGAUUCAACAGCGACUGAAUGAGAUCGACUGCUUCAACAGAGGCUGGGUGUGAGGAAUCCCUCAGACUCGUCUUCAGGCUCUGAGUCUCCAGCAGGCCGGAGUGAUCCCUGAACACGUUGUGGUGUUGGAGGCUCCUGAUGAUGUGUUGUUGGAGAGGAGUCAGGGUAAACUGGUGGACCCACUGACAGGAGACGUGUACCAUCGGACCUUCAUCUGGCCGCUGGACGCCACCGUGGCUCAGCGUCUGGAGGAGGGGCGGAGCCAGUCUGAGGGGCGGAGCCAGUCUGAGCUGCAGCGCUACCGCUGUGAGGUCACAGGUUUGAGCUCAGCCUAUCAGCACGUCCUGAAGGUCAUCAACGCCGACCAACCACACGCUGACGUCUACCAGCAAGUGCUGGCUUUCGUCCGGACUCGCCGUCGCUCCAGAACUCCCAGAAUCCUCCUGUUGGGUCCUCCGGGGUCCGGGAAGAGUCAUCAGGCCAGACUGUUGUCACAGAAAUACAAGAUGGUGGAUGUGUGCUGUGGUCAUCUGCUGAGGUCUGUAGCAGCUGGUGGUUCAGCUCUGGGAGAAGAGAUCCAAUCAUACCUGGAUACUGGGAGGCCAGUUCCAGACUCCCUGGUGCUGCAGGUUCUGGAGGAACGUCUGAGCCGAGUGGACUGCAGCUGCAGAGGCUGGAUCCUCCACGGGUUCCCCUGUGACCUGCAGCAGGCCAAGAGCCUGCAGGAGUCCCACCCACCCAACAGAGUUUUCUUCCUGGAGUUGACGGACGAAGUUUGUCUGGAGAGAAUCACUCUGAGAGCUACAGAUCCAGUCAGUGGAGAGAGGUUCCACGCUGUGACUCGUCCGGCUCCAAGCUCUGAGGUCCAGAACAGACUGAAGACCAGACCUGAGGACAGCACACACUCUGUAACACACACACUGAGUCAGUACAGGACACACACUGCUGCCCUGCAGUGUGUGUUUCCACAUGCAGGUCUUGUAGAUGCUGAUCAGGAUCCUCACUCUGUGUUUGAGUCUCUGGAGAGCAGACUGACAGCUGACUGACAGGUGGACUCACCUGGACACAGGAAGUGAAGGGACUCUUCAUUUCAUACCAACGCUUUCAUAUCAUAUCAUUUAAAUCAUAUAUAUAUAAACACCUUCUGUGUGUAGCAGCACAUCCAGUCCCAUCAGGUCCGUCUCAGGAGGAUCAAUAAUGAUCGGUUCAAUAAUAUAUAUUGGGAGUACUCACUACACAGGACUUAAUCCUCAGCUCUCAUACGUAGCAUGUCCAAUAUUUCAAAUGUGAAGA